AUGGAGCUAUCAGGGGAUCCCCGGUGGAUGACCCACGGUCAUCAUUCAGUUAUGCUGAGCAGUACAGAUUCUCUUCCUCCACAUACCAGUUUAGGGCAUCCAGGAGGCGGUUACAUGGAGCCUGCGGCUCCGCUAUUGCCUCCGGAGGAGGUGGAUGUAUUUCUUAGUCACCUGGACUCGCAAGGCAACCCCUACUAUCACACACACACUCCACACACUCACACACGAACGAGAAUGUCUUACAGUCAAGCGCACGCUCGCCUUGCAGGUAAUCCUGUGUGUCGGCCUCAUGUCUUUCACGGCCCAGCUCUGUCGUGGCCAGACAGCAAAGCUACGUUCUCCACCGCCCAGCACCACAACGUCUGGGCUGCCAGUCACUUCAGUAAGAUGGCACUUCAACCCGUCGUGCCUGGAGCUACAGGUGGGCUUCCUGCCGUUUAUCCGGGAAACAGCGGCCCUACUCCGGCUGCUGUCUCUUGUUUGCCCUCGGAGCCGCAGUGUUGCAGCCCUCAGCUGUACCGUCUACCCCCUACACCGCCAAAGGACGCCUCUCCAGACCCGGCGCGCACCGGGGAAAACGAAGGCUCCUCCGUUAAAUAUUCCUCGUCACUUCCGACGGACGCGGCGAUGAAGAUGGAGAUGGAAUGCGCGAGCCCGCAGCUGCAAACUCACGCUCAGACGGCGAUCUCGACGUACCCGGUGUAUGAAUUACAGGGCGCGCGCGAGUACACCGGGGACAACGGGACACUUUUUCACGGAGGGAGCCUUCUGGGAGGCAACGGCAGUUUCGUGUCCAAGUGCAAGAGCAAAAGCCGCACGUGUUCGGGUCGUGAGUGUGUGAACUGUGGGGCCACCUCCACCCCGUUGUGGAGGAGAGACGGUACAGGACAUUACCUGUGCAACGCCUGUGGACUCUAUCACAAGAUGAACGGACAGAACCGACCCCUCAUCAGACCAAAACGCAGACUGUCAGCAGCCCGAAGAGCAGGUACUAGUUGUGCCAACUGUCAGACAGGUACGACGACGCUGUGGAGGCGUAAUUCCAGUGGAGAGCCUGUCUGCAAUGCCUGUGGACUAUACUACAAACUGCACAAUGUAAAUCGUCCACUCACCAUGAGGAAGGAGGGCAUCCAAACACGCAAUAGGAAAAUAUCCAACAAAUCAAAGAAAAGACGAGGGGAGAGCUAUCAGCAACUGACCAAUCCAGCACAGGAUAAGACACAGCCUUUCAGCCCAAUGCCCAACAUACCACACCCCUUCAGCAUGACCACACCCCUUCCACUUCAUCCUAUGUUUAGCCACACCCACCAUACCAACUUGGUUACUGCCAUGGGUUAG